CCAAUGAGUGCAUUCCACAUGCGGACAGCGAGAGCAGUACAUGCGGAUCAGGAGAGCGGCACAGCGGAGACACGCGAUUGGUGCUGAUGGUGCUAGGGCUGCGAACACCGGCAGUGUGCUGCGGUUCACGGGAAUGAGACGAGGGAUAGAUCCGAAAGAAUAGUUAAGGGCUUCGUUUGGUUACUCGGCACAUCAUAAGGACACUAGAACUCCAAGCAGGCAUCGAAAAAACUUAAAGACCAAAAACAACCAGCGAGUUUACGAUGCGCGUUGUGUAAUUUUUGCUUGAAUUAGUCCGGGUUUGUAACUUUUCUUCUCAUUAAACGCCUGAACUAAAAAGUUAACAUCGGCUUUUAUCGUGUACUGUUUAUCUGAGGUCACUAACGUUACUGUUGUUUUUGGUUCAAGUUUUUCGUGGGUCCGAAGGUCUUGGGAAUCAGGACUGAAGGCUUUGAAGAAGCCCGUUUGUGGGGGGGUUGCGAGUCCGUUCAUAAUAAGCGUGUCCGUCCGUCCACGAUGGAGAACGCACAUACGAAAACCGUGGAGGAACUUUACAGCUUUUUCGCCGUGAACGAGAGCACGGGGCUCGGCCUGGAGCAAGUGAAGCGUCAGCGGGAGAAAUGGGGACCGAACGAAUUGCCUGCGGAAGAGGGAAAAUCACUGUGGGAGUUGGUGGUGGAGCAAUUUGAGGAUCUUUUAGUGAGGAUUCUUCUCCUGGCAGCUUGCAUAUCUUUUGUACUGGCCUGGUUUGAAGAGGGAGAGGAGACCAUCACAGCAUUUGUGGAGCCUUUUGUUAUAUUACUAAUUCUUAUAGCCAACGCCAUUGUAGGUGUCUGGCAGGAGAGAAAUGCAGAAAAUGCCAUUGAGGCCCUCAAGGAGUAUGAGCCCGAGAUGGGCAAGGUCUAUCGCCAGGACAGGAAGACUGUACAGAGGAUCAAAGCCAGGGACAUCGUACCCGGGGACAUUGUGGAAGUUGCCGUGGGUGACAAAGUUCCUGCUGACAUUCGCUUGACUUCAAUCAAGUCAACGACCCUGAGGGUGGACCAGUCCAUUCUAACAGGAGAAUCUGUGUCAGUAAUCAAGCAUACAGACCCUGUCCCUGACCCUCGUGCUGUGAACCAGGACAAGAAGAACAUGCUCUUCUCUGGUACCAACAUUGCUGCAGGCAAAGCAGUGGGUGUAGUGGUUGCCACAGGCGUGAACACCGAAAUCGGCAAAAUCCGUGAUGAGAUGGCUUCCACAGAGCAGGAGCGCACGCCGCUGCAGCAGAAACUGGACGAGUUCGGCCAGCAGCUCUCCAAGGUCAUCUCGCUCAUCUGCAUCGCUGUGUGGAUCAUCAACAUCGGACACUUCAACGAUCCCGUUCACGGCGGCUCGUGGAUCCGCGGGGCCGUGUACUACUUCAAGAUCGCUGUCGCACUGGCUGUGGCCGCCAUCCCCGAAGGCCUGCCCGCCGUCAUCACCACCUGUCUGGCUCUGGGUACCCGUCGCAUGGCCAAGAAGAACGCCAUCGUACGCUCUCUGCCCUCGGUGGAGACCCUCGGCUGCACCUCCGUCAUCUGCUCCGACAAGACCGGCACGCUGACCACCAAUCAGAUGUCCGUUUGCAGGAUGUUCAUUGUUGAUCAGGCAAAUGGAAACAGCUGCUCUCUCAAAGAGUUCACCAUUACUGGCUCCACAUACGCCCCUGAUGGACAAGUGUUUCAUGAGGGUAAACCAGUCUGGUGCUCCCAGUAUGACGCUCUGGUUGAAAUGGCCACCAUCUGUGCUCUGUGCAAUGACUCCUCUCUGGAUUACAAUGAGUCUGGCAGUAUUUUCUUAACGGCGGCUCUGGGCUUCCCCGAGGCUCUGAUUCCAGUUCAGCUUCUGUGGGUGAAUCUGGUGACCGAUGGUCUGCCUGCGACUGCACUGGGCUUCAACCCACCCGACCUGGACAUCAUGAGCAAACCCCCUCGCAAUGCCAGAGAACCCCUCAUCUCUGGAUGGCUCUUCUUCAGAUACCUGGCCAUUGGCUGUUAUGUGGGUGCUGCUACUGUAGGUGCUGCUGCGUGGUGGUUCAUUGCUGCUGAAGAUGGGCCCAGAGUCACCAUCUAUCAACUGAGUCACUUCCUUCAGUGUGCACCAGACAACCCUGAGUUUGAGGGUCUGAAGUGUGACGUGUUCGAGUCUCCCUAUCCCAUGACCAUGGCGCUGUCUGUACUAGUCACCAUUGAGAUGUGCAACGCCCUUAACAGUGUUUCUGAGAACCAAUCUCUGCUUCGCAUGCCCCCCUGGGAGAAUGUGUGGCUGCUUGGAGCCAUCUGCCUCUCCAUGUCCCUCCACUUCCUUAUCCUUUAUGUGGAGCCCCUGCCGAUGAUCUUCCAGAUCACCCCACUGAACUUGACCCAGUGGCUUACGGUGUUGAAGAUUUCCCUGCCUGUCAUCUUGCUGGACGAAGUGCUCAAAUUUGUGGCCAGAAACUACCUGGACAAGCCCAAAGACCUGGACAGUCCCAAGGGCAAGGCCUGCUUGCUCAGCACCUGCACAGAGGGCAUUUCCUGGCCUUUCGUGGCUCUCGCACUCCCCCUGGUGCUGUGGAUCUACAGCACUGACACUAACUUGGCCAAAAUGUUCUGGUCUUGACUGAAAUGUGCACAGAUGUGUGUAGAUAGUGUGUACCUGUGUCUGUGUGUGUGGUUGUGCGUUUAAAGUGUGCCUCCGCAACAGAGAAUGUGUAUGAGAAGGACAGGAUUAACUAAAAAAUAACCGUGAUAUAGAAAUAUAACCUUUUUUUUAACAUGUCCAGUGGGGAUUGAGGAGACCAUACAGACCUGAAGUCUUCAAGUAUAGUGACCAUUGGUUUCUUUUUGUUAUUGCAUUUUUAAUCAUUUGUUUAAUGUCUUAUUUCAAACCAGUAUCAAUUAAUAUGAUAUCCAAUUUGGUUUGGCCCCAAAUUAUGUUUAAAUGGCUGAAUGGGGAAAAAAAAGUGCUUGUGUACAGACAUUUAACACUAUUUUAUGCAAUUGUUCAUUUGUUGUUAUUUGUUCAAUUUGCUAACAGAGAGCAGAGUGGGUAGGGUAGAAAGAGAGAGAGAGAACAAGACCGAACUGUUUACUAAUGUUUACCUUUGUGUCUUCGGCGUGAACAUCGCUCAGAGCCAAUGGACUAGCAUGGUGUUUCAAAGCAGCAUGGGAAAGAGAGUGCUGGACUGAAUGUGUGAAUGCUUCACAGUCAAAUCCUCAGAUGAAAGCUGCAUGUUCUGUAUUUUGCAUGCAUUUUGUGUGGUUUUUCACUUAUGAUUUGUACCUGUAUGUCUUUCCCCAUGUGUAAUAACUUCCAUUUUUAUGGGUAUACAUUGUGUUUCCACUAUUACCUGACACUUUUGAUUAGUACAGCCAGUUUUUCUGCAUUAGGCAGAGUACAGCUACCUCAGGACUGUCAGAUUAGACUCUCUCUGGUUGCUUCCCCCCACUUAGCUUUACACCGCUUGUACACAUUAAUGCAUGAGGUUUGCCUCUAUUUGAUGAUAAACAGAAUUUAGAUUCUUUUGGCCCUAACUAAUCUGUUUUAAGUUUUGUUUGUUUGUUUUCACUGUAUUUUAUAAUUGAUUGAACUUGCAUUAACUUAAUUUAGGGGUUUUGUUUUGGGGAGAGGUGGGUGGACAAAAGAUGUAAAUGUUACCGUUUAGUG